AUGUUAAUAAAAAUGUUCAUUUAUCCAAGGCCAACAAUAUUUCUCAUGGCAACCAAUCUAUCAUCAACCCUUCCUCAUGAUUCUCAUGAUCCAAAAAAUACAACUCCACCUUCCAAAUUGGCCAAACAUUCGCAACAAGAUGACUUAACCCAAGAAUGUCAUGAUUUAAUCUCCUCUUUGGCCAAAGAACAAGGAUGGAUUUUAUCCCAUCUUUACCAAUACCAAGGGUUUUGGUAUCCUAAUACUUUGUUUGAAGGUUUGCUUUCAUGCCAACGCCACUUCAAAGCUCGUGACACCGAUAUCAUCCUUAUCACUAACCCUAAAUGUGGCACAACAUGGCUCAAAGCCUUAGCAUAUGCUAUUGUAAACAGGAAAAUCAAUCCUCCAAAAGAAGAUAACCACCCACUUCUCACAAACAACCCCCAUGAGUUAAUACCUUUCUUAGAGCGUAAGGUCUAUGUUGAUCACCAAGUCCUUGAUCUCACCGAAUCGCCCUCUACUAGGGUGUUCUCGACACACUUGCCAGUAGAAUUGCUGCCAUUAUCCAUCAAGGAAACGAAAUGCAAAGUUGUGUACCUAGCAAGGGACCCAAAGGAUGCCUUCAUAUCAUUGUGGCACUUUGCAAACAAGUUGAGACCUCAAAAUAGUGGUAAGCUCCAACUAGAAGAGGCAUUUGACAAGUUUUGCAAAGGUGUUAGUUUUUGUGGGCCUUUUUGGGAUCAUGUUUUAAGCUCUUGGAAGUAUAGCUUAGAUAAGCCUAACAAGGUUCUUUUCUUGAAAUAUGAAGAGCUUAAAGAGAAACCUAAGUUGUAUUUGAAAAAAUUGGCUGAGUUUUGGGGGUGCCCUUUUUCUUUAGAGGAGGAAAAUAAUGGGGUUGUUGAAGAAAUCCUUAGUUUGUGUAGCUUUGAUAAUAUGAGAAAUUUAGAGGUGAAUAAGGUUGGGGAGCUUAAUAAGUCCUUUUUUCGAAAGGGCGAAGUUGGUGAUUGGGCUAAUUACUUCAGUCAAGAGAUGAUUGAGAAAUUUGAUGAAAUGUUUUUUGACAAAUUUCUCCAAUGUGGUUUGAAAUUUUAAAUCUGUUUAUGUUUUUUAUGUAAGAAAUUUAUGUAUGCAUCUGGUACAAGAUUUUUAUGUUGUA